AUGUCGUCAGCAGCAGGCAACAGACGGCCGCGUCAAAUCACCCCGACCUCGCCCUCCCCCUCGCCUGAGCCGCAACCUGGCACGACCAACGGCAGCACCUCUAUAAUCGCAACCGCGCCACCACCUCCCACCCUGCCACCAGCCUCUGCUCCCGUAACAGCCACCUCGGUCGACCCAACAGAGUCCGUCCGUGCCUCACUCGAAACGCGCGUCCGCUCGGUCGUCGACCUCCUCUACCAACUCGCCGUCUGCUCCGCCGACGUACAGGACGGUUCGCAACACCUCGUCUCGGCCAAAGUCAACGAAUGCAUCGCCGCACUUGCCGCACUUGAUGCGACUAAGGAUGACGUGCAUAGGGCACAUAUGAUGGUGCCCCAAGACGUGCUCGAGAUGCUCGAUACGGGCAAGAAUCCGGAUAUCCACACGAGAAACUUUGUCAAUAGGUUGGCGAGCGAGAACCAGUAUAGCUUCGGUCAGCAUCGGGCUGUGGAGAGGUAUAAGGAGCGGUUGAGCAGUGCACUGGAUGAGGCGUUCCCGGAGCUGAGGAGGGCGAAGGAGGACGUGAUGGAGGAGUGA